AUAACUAAAAAAAAGAACAUCGAAAUCAUCACAAACUUUCAAAUACUUUCAAUUUCAAAUAACUAAAAGUCUAAAAUGCUUCCCUUUCGUCUCUUUCUUCGUCCUCUUUAUUUCUUUCUCCCCAAACACUCCCUUAAUUUUCAUCACUCUUCACUCUGCAACUCCUCGUUGCGCAACCAUGAAACAAACAACAACAUUCAUCUUUGUUCUCAUUAUAAACCUCUCAUUUUCUCUCUCCUCAUUCUCCCUAAACUCCGACGGACUCUCUCUCCUCGCUCUCAAAUCCGCCAUUACUUCCGACCCAACUCGUUCUCUUUCCACCUGGGUUGACUCAGAUUCGAACCCGUGUCACUGGGUUAAUAUCCGCUGUACUAACAACCGAGUUACUGACAUUUCUCUCUCUAACAAAACCUUAACUGGUUACCUCCCUUCUGAACUUGGUGCAAUUCUCUCUCUUCGUCGACUUUCUCUCUCCUACAACAAUUUCUCAACAACUAUUUCACCUCACUUAUUCAAUGCUACUUCACUUACUUUCUUGGACCUUUCUCAUAACUCUUUGUCAGGCCCAAUUCCGGCCCAAAUAUCCUCCCUUGUGGGCCUUAAGUUUUUGGACCUUUCCUCGAAUUUCCUUAAUGGGUCUCUCCCUAGUGGGCUCAGUGAGCUGACCCAACUCGAGGGGACUCUUAAUUUGUCGUAUAAUCAGUUUUCCGGCGAAGUUCCGGCGAGUUUUGGGAGGUUUCCGGUGAUGGUUAGUUUGGAUCUCCGGCAUAAUAAUCUCAGUGGGAAAAUUCCUCAGGUGGGGUCGCUUUUAAAUCAGGGGCCCACUGCAUUCGCCGGAAACCCUAAUUUAUGCGGGUUUCCGUUGAGUUCCACGUGUCCUGAAGCUCAAAACCCUAAUUUAUUACCCGGAAACCCGGAAAACCCGGAUGACCCGACAACACCGAAUCUGGGUAGUGGGGAGAGUGCAGAGAGAGGGAGGAGAAGGACGGUUUCUAUCUCCUUGAUUUUGGCUAUUCUUGCAGUUUUAGCAUGCGGGGGUAUAUUGGUCUUUUUGUAUGUGAUGAGGAAGAAUUUGAGGGGAAGUAAAAAAAGGGAUAACAAUAACAAAAAUAAUGAAGAAAAAGUGGGGAAAGAGGAGGUUGUGAGUCACGUGAGGGUGGUGGUGGGGGAUGAGGAGGUAGAAGGGCAAAAUGGUAAAUUCGUAGUGGUGGAUGAGGAGGAGUUUGGGUUGGAAUUAGAGGAUUUGUUGAGGGCAUCAGCUUAUGUAGUGGGGAAGAGUAGGAGUGGGAUAGUGUAUAAAGUUGUGGUGGGUGGUGGUAAAGGAUCAGGUGUGGUGCCGCCUACAGUGGUUGCUGUGAGGCGGUUGAGCGAGGCGGAUGAUGCGACGUGGAGGUUAAGGGAUUUCGAGGCGGAGGCGGAGGCCAUUGGUAAGGUACACCAUCCUAAUAUUGUGAGGUUGAGAGCUUAUUAUUAUGCUCAAGAUGAGAAGCUCUUGGUUUCUGAUUUUAUCCGGAAUGGCAGCUUGUACUCUGCACUGCAUGGUGGACCCUCAAAUGAUAUGCCGCCAUUAUCAUGGGCUUUUAGACUCAAAAUUGCACAAGGCACUGCAAGGGGUUUGAUGCACAUUCAUGAGUGCAGCCCGAGAAAGUAUGUUCAUGGAAACUUAAAAUCAUCCAAAAUUCUACUCGAUGAUGACUUUCAUCCAUAUAUUUCUGGGUUUGGUCUCAACCGCCUACAAUGCGGACGUUUGAAAUCGACUAACCCCCCAUCAAGAAGACCGAGCUUAAGUAAUUCCUUCUUAACGGGCUCAAAAAUAUUGAGUACACCUUCGGUUGCCUAUUCUGCCCCUGAGGUGCAAACUGGUUCUGUCAAGCUCACCCAAAAAUGUGAUGUGUAUUCAUUCGGGAUUGUACUAAUGGAGAUAUUAACAGGUCAGCUACCAAAUACGGGACCCGACAAUGAUGGAAAGGGAUUGGAAAGCCUUGUAAGGAAGGUUUUCCAAGAAGAGAGACCUUUAUCAGAGAUCAUAGAUCCGGCACUUCUGCAUGAAGUUUAUGCCAAGAAGCAGGUGUUGGCCACAUUUCAUAUCGCUUUGAACUGUACGGAGCUGGACCCUGAGCUAAGGCCAAGGAUGAGAACUGUUUCUGAGAGCCUGGAUGGCCUGAAGUUUGAAUGAGAAUGAAGAUGGUAAAUAAUGUGUACAUGUCUGUUAGAAGCAUUCUGUUGACACUUGAUGUAGAAUCUGUACCUACUUUCUGUAGCAAUGAUUUGUAGUAGGAUUAGGAAUUAGGAUGUCUUGCAUUGGUGCCUCAAAUGGUAAGGUUUUGUAGAAGUCAGAAAGAAUGAUGUUUCAGUGUAUGGUUCAUGGGUUUUUGUUUUGUUUU